AUGACAACAAUUCCACCGGACUGGGCAUUAUACCAGACCUACCUUGCCGGUGAAUUGGUUUAUGACACCUUCAUGUCCAAAAUUCAUCGGCAACUGGUAAAGCCAAUGAGUGUUGGACUUUUAGAUGUCGACACUUGUAUUGAUUUGGAGCAGCUUGCCAAUGUCCUGGCCGUUGCUUACUUCAAUCCUGAACAGGUUGUCCUAAGAACACCGAGUGUCAUCAUUGAUUCCGGAGGCAGAAUCAUUGUCUGGUAUUUGCCCGGAGCCAUGACUGGCAUGAUAAUGACAGACAUGCAAUCCGCCACGAAUUCCAUAGGACAUCUGUUGAAUGAUAGCAUCACCACCAGGAAGGCUACUGAAUGGAGGACCCAUGAGUCCAAUUUCUAUCCGAGUCCGGAUGGGAAGAUCACACCCGGUUGCAUCAAUAUAUCACCCGCCUGGUUUCAGCAAGGCAGAGAGAAACAUGGUUUCCCAAAACUUGAUCCGGAAGAUGGCUUCUCACCUCAGGUAUCCGCUGCAUUGAAAGGUGAUGUUGGUCACAAUAUCACAACCUCCCUUCAAAGAUCCGGUAUCCUUGUCCCUGCUGCACUUCGGGUCAUGCACCCAGAUCUAUAUCGGGCUGGAAUCAAAACUCAAGUCAGGCUCGGUGCAUGGGCGACCCAGUAUCAGUUAGAAGACAUGUGCCAUCAUCUCAAACAUUGGGCAUCUGUCUUCAAUGUAGUGUCAGUCAUUUGCAAUCGCCGGUCACCACCUCAUAGAGAUCCAAAAUGUCGACCGGAGGCAUUUUAUAUUAUGACAACCGCAGGCAUUUAUCAUCCGGUCAUAAUGGAUUUCAUGAAUCUCGGCAUCAAGUUUCUAUAUGACUCCGGGUCAAUGUUGGCCUCAUCAUGUCGCCUUGUCAGACAUCACAUGCAUGUUGAACAGGGUAGCCGGAUUGUCACUGCGUGGUACAUGCGAGAUAGUAUCCAUAAUUUUGUUGGAACUCCAAGGACAGACUAUGCAAAAUAUGGCAAUGUACAACGCAGUGACCCGGUUGAGCAGAAAGAUGUCUAG